AUGGCCUCGUGGCCUCGGGGCCGCUUCCUCAUCCCCCUUGGCAAGGCAUUCAUCAUGACAAACCCUUUCAUCCGAGGUGUGGCGGUGGUGGCUCUCGCGAAGGCAGCAUCUGCGGAUGCGAGCUUCUCAAACGUCAAGAUCUCCCAAUUUCAGCAAGCGGGCCUGGAUCUGUCCUUCCUGGUAUCUUGGGACACCGCCAACACCACCAGUGAGAAUCCGUCUUCUGGAUCGGGGUUGAUCGAUAUUUGGCUCGAGACCAGACAGACGGAGGCCUCUUCCAUGGUCGAGACCGUCCUCCAGCAGGGUGUCGAAAACACCGGUUCGAUGUGGAUGGACGCGGGUGAUUCUUGGGCAAUUCGUUCAUCUUGGGACGGCACCAUCAGUGGGGAGGGAAUCGUCUGUGUCUACCACUCCGACGACCUCUUCGACAAUGCCUGCAGCGAGGGGCUUGGCAUCCUUCCCGAGGCAGAAGCUCCCUCCGCGACCCAAGGGGACGGCAUCAGCAACGUCGACGUCCCGCGUGUCGAACAGAACGGGUCAUAUCUGUCGUUUUCGGUCACGUGGGGGGACGGCGGGGGCGCUGGAGGGUUCGAAGACACUGCCCCUUUCGUCGACAUCUGGCUUGUCGCUGAGCAGUCUGACCCCCCGGCGUGGGUCGAGCUCGUGGUUGAGCAGAACGUAGAAAACGACAUGCUGUCGCACCAGGAGGUAAGCAUGGAUUGGUCGAUGAUGGGCUGGGACCUGACCCGCGAUGGGCAGCUCCAGUCCUGCGUGUACGAUACCCAAGACUACGACAACUACGCCUGCAGCGACUUCGUGUCCUUCGCGGCAAUGGAGGAAACCGCCGCCGACGUCGAUGCCACCAACGGCGGCGGUGACGGAGGAGAGGGCGGCACGGUCCUUGCUUUGGUUCUCGCGGGGGGUCUUGUUCUCGGCCUGGUGGCGUGGCUGGCCAUCACCUCGUCCCGCCGCAGGCAAAGGAGGAGGUGGCUCGGCACGGCGAAUGAGGCGGAAGCCCUCCCGGAGGACACUUUCGUCCGCCUUUCAGACCCCUACUCCGGCUUCCAUUGA